UCUAGUUAUUGUGACUCUCUAUUGUUUCUUUUUGGGGUGAGAUAUCAGGCGGUAGUGUGGCUUACUGAAAGCGAAGGCUAAAUCUUAUUUGUUACUUAGUUUAUUCUUUUUUUUUUUUAUACAAGAUAUUAAAAUAAUAAAUCCGACUGGUUUUGGGUGGGUGCUGCAGACAGGAUGUCGUACCCUCCUCACCUCAAUCGGCAGCAGAUUGGGAUCCCCCAGCUUCCCCCUGGCAUCCCUCCCCCGCAGUUUGCAGGGUUCCCCCCGACGGUGCCGCCAGGAACGCCGAUGAUCCCGGUGCACAUGGGCCUGAUGUCGCCGGCCCCUACGGUGGUGCAGGUUCUGGUGCCCACCUCCAUGUCCAUGGUGUCCAAGCCCGUCGGGCCCCGGAAGGAGAUCACCGGCCCCAGGGUGAAGGAGUCUGACGAGAGCAGUGGCCCCACCACCACCGUGUUCGUGGGCAACAUCUCGGAGAAGGCCUCCGACAUGCUUGUUCGACAGCUGCUUGCAAAAUGUGGCUUGGUCCUCAGCUGGAAGAGAGUCCAGGGAGCCUCUGGAAAACUUCAAGGUAAAAACAAGACAGCCUUUGGCUUCUGUGAGUACAAGGAGCCGGAGUCCACCCUGCGCGCCCUCAGGCUGCUGCACGAGCUCCAGAUCGGCGACAAGAAGCUGCUGGUCAAGGUGGACGCCAAGACCAAGGCCCAGCUGGACGAGUGGAAGGCCAAGAAGAAGAGCUCCAACGGGACCGCAAAACCGGAGGACGGCGCUAAGGAGGAUGAGGAGGAGGACGUGCUGGACGAGGAGACGAAGAGGCGGGAUCAGAUCGUGAAGGGGGCGAUCGAGGGCCUGAUCCGCGAGUACUCCAGCGAGCUCAACGCUCCCUCGCAGGACGCCGACACGCCCCAUCGCAAGAAACGCAAGGAGAAGAAGGAGGAGGAGGAUAUAAAUGCCAUCGAGAUGGAAGAGGAUAAGAGAGACCUUAUUUCCCGAGAGAUCAGUAAAUUCCGAGACACGCACAAGAAACUGGAGGAAGAAAAGGGCAAGAAGGAGAAGGAACGGCAGGAGAUUGAGAGGGAGAGGAGGGAGAGAGACAAAGAGAGAGAGCGGGAGAGGGAGCGACGGGACCGUGAGAGAGAGAAGGAACGGGAGAGGGAGAGGGAGGAGAGAGAGAAGGAGCGGGAGAGGGAGAGGGAGAGAGACCGGGACCGCGAGAGGACGAAGGACAAAGAGAGGGAGCGAGAGAGGGAGCGGGAGAAGGAGAGGAGCCGGGACCGGAGCAAAGAUCGCAGCAGGUCCAGAGAGAAGAGCAGGGAUGAGAAGAAACGAGACCGCGAGGAAGACGAAGAGGAGGCGUACGAGCGCCGGAAACUGGAGAGGAAGCUCCGGGAGAAGGAGGCCGCCUACCAGGAGCGUCUGAAAAACUGGGAGAUCAGGGAGAGGAAGAAAGCUCGCGACUAUGCCAAGGAAUCGGAGCGGGAAGAGGAAAGGCGGCGAGAAAUGGCGAAAGAAGCCAAACGACUGAAGGAGUUCCUCGAGGACUACGACGACGACAGAGACGACCCCAAAUACUACAGGGGCAGCGCGCUGCAGAAGCGCCUGAGGGACCGGGAGAAGGAGAUGGAGGUGGACGAGCGGGACAGGAAACGGGAGAAGGAGGAGCUGGAGGAGAUCAGGCAGAGGCUGCUGGCCGAGGGACACCCCGACCCCGACGCAGAGCUGCAGAGGAUGGAGGCGGAGGCGGAGCGCCGGCGGCAGCCCCCGGUGAAGCAGGAGCCGGAGUCCGAGGAGGAGCCGGAGAAGGUGCAGAAGGAGGAGCGCGAACGCGAGCGGGACCGAGACAGGGACAGGGAGCGGGAGCGGGACCGGGACCGGCGGGGGGGCCCCCCGGUCGGGGCCGAGCCCCUGGAGCCCGAGCCCCAGUCGGAGGACGAGGUGGAGGAGGGCGAGGAAGAGGACGGGGAGGAGGAUGACGAGCUGCCCGAGGUCAAGCCGUGCCUGAAGCCCACGCUGCGGCCCGUCACGGCUGCGCCCUCCGUGUCCUCCGCCAGCGGCAACGCCUCGCCCAACACGCCCGGGGACGAGUCCCCCUGCGGCAUCAUCAUCCCCCACGAGAACUCGCCCGAGGCCCCGCCGCCCGAGGAGCUGCGCCCCAAGAUAGGCCUCAGCCUCAAACUGGGUCCGACGGGGAGCCCCAGCCAGCCCAACGCCGUGAAGCGCAAGAAGCUGACGGCGGACAGCGUCUUCAACAAGUUCGACGACGAGGAGGCGGACGAGCUCCCGCGCAAGCGCAAGCUGGUGCCGCUGGACUACGGCGAGGACGAGAAGGGCGGGCUGGGCCUGGACGGGGCGGAGGUCGCCGGCGCCAAGGGCAGCGUCAACACCGAGGAGAAGCGCAAGCACAUCAAGAGCCUCAUCGAGAAGAUCCCCACCGCCAAGCCCGAGCUCUUCUCCUACCCGCUGGACUGGGCCAUCGUGGACUCGACGCUAAUGGAGCGCAGGAUCAGACCGUGGAUUAAUAAGAAGAUCAUAGAGUACAUCGGCGAGGAGGAGGCCACGCUAGUCGACUUUGUCUGUUCAAAGGUGAUGGCACACAGCACGCCACAAGGCAUCCUGGAUGAUGUUGCCAUGGUCUUGGAUGAAGAGGCAGAGGUCUUCAUCGUGAAAAUGUGGAGGUUGCUAAUUUAUGAAACCGAAGCCAAGAAAAUUGGACUUGUAAAAUAAACAGAGCACUGAACGGGGACAAACUCCUGCCUUCUUCCACUCUCAGCUUUCCCCCAUCGUUUGUACCAACCAAGAGACAUCUCAUGUUCCCCGGCGUUACUCAAAAUAUCCCAAAAGUAGAACUUGUUGAGGGGUGGGUGGAGAGGGGUUGCUGGGCAUACGACCACAAGGACUGGGUAUUUUCCCUCCAGCCUAACGGACUCUCUGAACUCUCGGCUACUGCUUCUGUGGUGCGUGCGUGAGGAUAGCAUGUUUGUACGUGAUUUAUCGCAUUUGUUGAGCUUGUGUAGGGGGUGGGUGGAGAGUGCACUAACCUGCAUGGCCAAAUCGUUAAUUUUCUGGAUCCUGUUGCCCUGCGGUUCAGAACUGGUGAGGGAUUGAUAACUACAAGACGGUGGUGAUUUACACAGGUGAGCCCCGUCUUCCUCAAGCUGGCACGCCAUAAGACGUCACUUGGUUUCAUGUCCUGCGCUCUGGGUACGUCAGUUGCGUUAUGCGUUUACCGACCUGCAGGCCUAUGUAAAGUACAACUUUUUUUUUUUUGACUCAUAUCCUCUACAUGCCAUCCAUGAAUAAUCCCCCUUCCCCCAUGUGUUUAACCAAACUGUUUGAGUGAUUGGAUGUCAUUUCACAUGGUUGGGAGUGCCCAACGUUUUCCCUUUGUCCGUGGUUUUUUUCCCUGAGUUUCUGGGAAGGCCGAUGAGAAAUCCGUGGGUUUUCUGGAUCCUGAAACGUCUCUGUUCGGAGCCCAUCAACCCCGUUUAAGCCUUUGUCCCCUUCGUCUUGUAGACUUUGAAAAAAAAAAUUAAAAUGAUUUCUUUUUUACAAAAACAAAAAAAACAAAACAAAUGAAAGUAGUAUUUCUGUGAAUUCUGCUGUGUGGAAUGAUCACGUGAUUUCAUUUUACGGAUUUUUGUUCGUUCUUUUUUUUUUGUUUUUUUUUGUUGCAGCAUUGAUUUCACAUGUACUGUUCCGAGUUGCUAAUUAACCUUCUCCCCGAAAAGCAAUGGCGAUUCGUAAGUUCUGACUUAAUACAGGUUUGGUACAGUAACUGAGCGUCUAGCUUCGAAGAGCAAGGUCUUAUCAGGUUCAUUUGCACAUACAUACAAACAUUGCUCUUGUUUUUAUUCAGAUGUUUUUGCUGUGAAUAAAGGAUUGUAAAGUACACCUCUGA